AUGUAUCUAAUUCUUUUAUUUAUCCUCAGUUAUUUAGCUUGUUUGACUUGUCCGACAGAAGAAAAACGAUAUGGAUUAAGCGGCUACGAGAGAUUAGCAACCUCUUGCUUUUGUUUCCGACUACAGACUUCAAACAACACUCCAGGCAAAAGGGAAAAAAUGAAAAUUGUUGUUAAAAUAUUUUCAAAACCAACUCACGUAAAAGCUAAAGAACAAAUCACUCAAGCAGAAGCUAUGGGACGAAAUUUUGUUAUUCUCUCGAUGUUAAAUGAAGUUGCUACAACAAACAAGCGAAGUAAGAUUAUGUCACAUAAAUAA